AUGAUUACUGACGAACUACCAAAACAACCACUACUGAGCAUGCGCAGAAGCGACAGGGACUACGGAGGCUCCGAAGGAAGAAGUGAAACAAUUCUACAGUCACUGGCACCAGGUGAAAUGGACACGCACAGAUUCUGCUGUUCCAUCUGUCUGAAUCCACUCAAGGAUCCGGUGACUACUGUCUGUGGACACAGCUACUGUAAGAGCUGUAUUAACACCCACUGGGACAAUGGGGAGGAGAGAGGAAGCUACAGCUGCCCUCAGUGUAGACAGACCUUCCUACUGAGGCCCGUCCUGGAGAAAAACACCAUGUUAGCUGAUCUACUGGAGGAGCUGAAGAAGACUGGAUUCCAAGCUGCUCCUGCUGUUCACUGCUAUGCUGAACCUGAAGAUGUGGCCUGUGAUGUCUGCACUGGGAGAAAACGGAAAUCUUUCAAGUCCUGUUUGGUUUGUUUGGCCUCUUAUUGUGAAAAACAUCUCCAGCCUCAUUUUCAAUCACCUCCAUUUAAGAAGCACAAGCUGGUGGAGCCCUCAGAGAAGCUCCAGGAGAACAUCUGCUCUCGUCAAGACGAGGUGAUGAAGAUGUUCUGCCGCACUGAUCAGCAGUGUAUCUGUUCUCUCUGCUCUGUGGAGGAACAUAAAGACCACGACAUAGUGUCAGCUGCAUCAGAAAGGACUGAGAGGCAGAAAGAGCUCGUGCUGAGGAGACAAACAAUCCAGCAGAGAGUCCAGGACACACAAAAAGACGUGAAACUGCUUCAACAGGAGGAGGAGGCCGUCAAUGGCUCUGCAGAUAAAGCAGUGGAGGACAGUGAGGAGAUCUUCACUGAGCUGAUCCCUCUGCUGGAGAAAAGAAGCUCUGAUGUGGAGCAGCAGAUCAGAUCCCAGCAGGAAACUGAAGUGAGUCGAGUCAGAGAGCUUCAGGAGAGAUUGGAGCAGGAGAUCACUGAGCUGAAGAGGAAAGACCAUGAACUGAAUCAGCUCUCAGACACAGAGGAUCACAACCAGCUUCUACACAACUACCCCUCACUGUCACCACUCAGUGAAUCUACACACUCAUCCAGCUUCAGGAUCCGUCCUCUGAGGGACUUUGAGGAUGUGACAGCAGCUGUGUCACAGGUCAGAAGUCGACUACAAGACAUUCUGAGUGAGACAGAGACAGAGAUUUUUCAGAUUGUGUCUCGAGUGGAUGUUUUACUUCCACAACCAGAGCCAGAGACCAGAGCUGACUUCUUAAAAUAUUCACAGAAAAUCACACUGGAUCCAAACACAGCACACAGACGUCUGUUAUUAUCUGAGGGAAACAGAAAAGUAACAGGUAUGAGUAAUGAUCAGUCUUAUACUAAUCACCCAGACAGAUUCACUGGUUGGCAUCAGGUCCUGAGUAGAGAGAGUCUGACUGGACGUUGUUACUGGGAGGUGAAGGUGGGGCUGGAGUGGAGAGGAGGAGUUGAUCUAGCAGUCACCUACAAGAAUAUCAGCAGAGCAGGAGGCUCAAGUGGAUUUGGAUACAAUGAUAAAUCUUGGUCAUUAUAUAGUAAUGUAAAGAGAUAUAUAUUUUAUUACAACAGCAUCAGGACUCCAGUGUCAGGUCGUCGGUCCUCCAGAGUAGGAGUGUACCUGGAUCACAGUGCAGGUGUUCUGUCCUUCUACAGUGUCUCUGGCAUCAUGACUCUCCUGCACAGUGUCCAGACCACAUUCACUCAGCCUCUCUAUGCUGGGGUUCGGGUUUGUUCUGGAGACACAGCCAAGUUCUGUAAACUCAAAAGACUUCCAUUGGAGAGUGUCCUGAUCAAGUCCCUUUGA